AGUGACUGAGGAGAUGCUGCUGCUGCUACUGCCGGCUAGUGAGAAUGGCAGGAACCAUGAAAGCAUUCUUGCUCAUGUUUGUGGUGCAAGCCGCUUUUGCCGGAAACAACAUUUUGUAUAAGAUUGUUAUCUUUGACGGAAUGCCGGUCAGCAUCAUCACUGUUUACCGUCAAAUCAUUUCAGCCGCCUUCACUCUAUCCUUAGCUUUCAUCUUUGAACGCAAUAACAUGCCCAACCUCACUUUCAAGCUCCUCUCCAUCUCCUUCUUGAAUGGAUUACUUGGGGGAAGUCUGUACCAAAAUUUAUAUUUUGAAUCAUUAAGCUUAAUAUCAGCCACCUUCGUCACGGCUCUGUUCAACCUUAUUCCGGCCAUUACUUUUGCUUUGGCCAUCUUAUUCGGUUUGGAAACUCUAGAUUUUCAUGCGAUUGCUUGCAAAGUUAAGGUGAUGGGUACAGUUAUUGGAAUUGGAGGGGCUAUGUUUGUGACAUUUCUCAAAAGUGUAGAACUGAGCAUCUGGCCCUUCCACUUCAACAUAUUGAACAAGAAGGAAAUAGAAACUCAUUCGGGGAGUAAAGUGCUUGGAAUCUGCUUUGGUUUUGUGAGCUGUAUUCUGUUUUCAUUUUGGCUCAUCUUUCAGGGUAAGAUGAGCAAGAGCAAAACAUAUCCACAACAUUACACAAGCAUGGCUUUAAUGUCCAUGAUGGCAGCUUUACAAGCAACUGCUUAUGCACUUUGUGUCGAAAGGGAUUGGAGCCAAUGGAGGCUUGGUUGGGAUUUGAGGCUUCUUACUGUAGUAUUUUCAGGAACUAUGGGUACAGGAUUUGCUAAUGUUGUAAUUGCUUGGUCUGUGAGGAAGAAAGGUCCACUCUUUGCUGCCCUUUUUAGUCCCGUUGAGCUUAUACUUGUAGUCAUUGCUGGCUCAAUUAUGUUGGAUGAACCCUUGUACUUAGGAAGCCUAAUUGGAGGGGUGCUGAUAGUGGUUGGCCUUUACAUGGUUCUUUGGGGUCAGAACAAAGAACUCCAAAUGACCACUCAGUUGGAAGCCGAACACAUUGAGGGUGCAAACACCAUGGGAACCUGGAGAGCCCUAGAGGGAGAUGCCAGAUAGCUUAAUUCACACUUGCAAAAGGGAGAAGAUUUGAUGAGAAGAAACACAAGUUUAAUUUUAAGUGCCUUUAACUUGAAUCUCUGUGGUUUGGUAACAACAUGAUCAUUAGCUUGAUUUCUAUUUCCAACAUAUGCAUGUGAUCGAUGAAGAUUGAAAAACAUUCGUAAAUUUUUAAUUUACUGCAGUAAGGACAAUUUUUGAUGAGGUUGCUUCUCGUUAUGAAAGGUCAUUUGUUCUGCAUCUCCAUAUACCUUGAAAAAAAAUCAGUCAUUUCAUGGAUCCAUCACAUGCAUAUCUUAAAAUUGUAUGCUGUGUCUGAACAGCAAUGCAUGAACCUAAAGGGGAUGGGGGUCUGGGUUGAUAAUAAAUGGUAUUGGGACCUCAAAUGGGUAAGGAGUCUGGAAGGGGAUCUACUAGUUCAAUGUGCUGAGUUGCUGCAAUUAAUUUCCUCCUUUGUGUUAAUAAGGGGAAGGAGGGAUAGCUGGGUCUGGAUAAAGGAAAAUGAUGGGAGGUAUUCAAUAAGAUCAGCUUAUGACAUGUUAGCGGCCAGUAACCCGGAGAAGGAAGAGGAGGAGGUUUUUAAACUCCUUUGGAGGAUCUCAGCUCCCUCUAAUGCAAUUUCAGUGGGAUGGAAGCUGCUAAUUAACCGUCUUCAGUCCAAGGAAAACUUAGCCAAGAGAAAUAUUCCUUGGGCUGACUUGUUGUGCUGUGCCCCUUUGCUCCUCUGAGGUUGAAUCCACUGAUCACGUAUUCCUAAGCUGCAUGAGAGUAUGGCAGGUUUGGUCUUUGAUUGCGAACUGGUUGAGUAUUUCGUUGGUGUGUCCUAAUACAUCUAAGGAUCAUUUUUAUCAGUUUGUUUGCUGUCUUGGUUUUGGUAGUAUGCGUGGUCUGUCACUCAUUUGGUUAGCUGCUGUUUGGCACAUUUGGCUUGGUAGAAAUGGGAGGAUUUUUAGAGAUGAAGUGUUUGAGGCAGAUACAGUUUUUGAACUGGCAAGAAGGAAGGUGUGGGAAUGGUUGAGGGCCAAGAAUAAUCAGUUUUGUCAUGCCUUGUCUGAAUGGUAUAUGGAGGGAGCCCUUAGCUUGUCUUGCUGAUAUGUUGUUUUGGAGAUAUGAUGUUGGUCCUGUGGUGAUAAAUUUAGAAGGUAAGCACGGCUUGUUUGGAAUUCAAAAUCACUUGCUCUGGUCUUUCCAUUUAGUGGCAUAUGAAGUCUUUUGGUGGCGUUGGUGAUCUGAAAGGGGGGAGGAAUAUUUUGUUGCAGGGGUUUAAUCUAUUUUGUUGGUAGGUCCUCAAGGGGUUAAUAUUCUGGUGGAGCUCAAAGUAUGUUGGUAUGUGUAGUUGGGAGGCUCAUCAGAAGCUGAAAUUAUACUUUUGGUCCUAUCUGACAGUGAUGGAGUUAAGGCUUUCAGCAUUUGUUUCACUUGUCUGGUUUCUGGGACCUCUUGGAGGUUGUUAUAGAACUUAGGAACUUUGUACUCUUUUUCCUUCUAAGCUUUUAUCCCUAAGGGGUUUUUCCUAGUAAGGUUUUAAUGAGGCAUUGUUUCUUUUGUCUUUCCUUCAUUGAGGUGGGGAUUUUCUAAAUCUUAUUUAAUUUUUAGCAUUUUAUUCUUGUUCUUACUCUUGUAUUGGGCUGAAGUAUCCCUUGUACUUCAUUUCAAUAUAUAUUACAUGGCUUAUCA